AUGAAAGACUUUGGCGUUGUGAUUGUGCCUUUUCUUUUCUCCCCUCGCAGCACAAGCCGACAAUCUUGGACCCCGGAAAAGAAAGAAUUCAAAUCCAGAAUGGGCUCACAUGAAUCGAGACAGAAUUUGAUAAUUGUUUCAAACAGAUUGCCGUUGUCGAUUAAACGUGUGAAUGGCGCAUAUCAAUCGUCGAUCUCGAGUGGCGGGUUGGUCACUGCAUUGUCGGGGUUGACAAAGUCCACCCAAUUUCGCUGGUUUGGAUGGCCCGGUAUCGAGGUUAAAGACAGCAAGGAGAGGGAGGAAGUAGUAAAAAGCUUGGAUGAGCAUGAUGCGACGCCGAUCUUCUUGGAUAAAGGGUUGGCGCACGAACAUUACAACAUGUUCUCGAAUCGAAUUUUGUGGCCCAUUCUCCAUUAUCAGUCAGGCGUGAUUUAUGAAGACGGCCCUUGGCAGGCAUAUCGAAGAGUCAACGAAUUGUUCGCCGAUGCGGUCGCUGACGCAGCAGAACCGGGAACCCUGAUCUGGGUACACGAUUAUCAUUUGAUGUUGUUGCCCGAGCUCCUCCGCAAUCGCCUCCAAGAGAGGAACAAAAGUUGUGCCAUCGGGUUCUUCCUCCAUACUCCAUUUCCAGCCGGCGACUUCUGGCGAGCAUUGCCUGUUAAGAGGCACUUGAUUGAGGGGUUGUUGUCCAGUGACUUGAUCGGGUUCCACACGGAUGAGUAUAAGCAGAAUUUCAUCGACACCUGUGCGAGCAAUCUUGGAGCACGCACCGAGAUUCCAAACCAGAUCCAGUAUAAAAACCGAUUAGUCUGUGCAGGUCGGUUCAUUGUGGGUAUUGACCCGCAGAAAUUUGCAGAUACCCUGCAGAAACCAGAAGUUCAAGACCGCAUAAAGACACUUGAAGACAGAUAUAAGGGCGUCAAGGUUAUUUUGGGAAUUGAUCGACUCGACUAUAUCAAAGGAUUGACCCAGAAGUUGAAAGGAUUUGACUCGUUCUUGGAUGACCACCCAGAGCUGCGGAACAAGGUUGUUCUUAUCCAGGUCGCCGUUCCAAGUCGUGAGGACGUCAAAGAGUAUCAAGAUCUAGAAACAGAACUUUGUACAUUGGCCGGAAAGAUCAACGGGAAGCACGCCACCCCCGAGGGAACCCCCCUGUUGUACAUGCAUCGAUCAGUGCCUUUCACAGAGCUGACUGCACUGUACUCUGUUGCUGAUGUAUGCCUGCUGACAUCAACGCGGGAUGGCAUGAACCUCGUUUCAUUCGAAUACGUGGCCUGCCAAGACAAGAAGAAGGGUGUCCUCGUACUCUCUGAAUUUGCGGGAUCAGCCACUUUCAUGAGAGAUGGAAGCAUUCCCUUCCAUCCAGCCAAUACGACUGAAAUGUCAGAAGCUCUGUACGCAGCUUUGAACUUGGAACCCGAAGAGCGUCAGCGGAAGCAUGAGUUUUUGAGAGACUUUGUGAAUACGCAUACCAGUGCGAAAUGGGGUCAAACCUUUACAGAGAAGUUGGCAGAGCGCUGUCGCCAGCGCAAGAAGCCAUGUUGA